AUGAGCACCGUCCUUGGAUCCCCUCAGCGAUCUUCAUCGCAGACAACCGCUCGGACAAAUACAGUGCCAAAGCCCUUUGAAGUCUUCCUAGCCAUUGGCAAUAUCCUCAUCUGGCUCCUAGCGGCCUAUGUGAUCUACCUUCACAUCCGAGCAAGAUGGGACCUCGAGGCCUGCUAUCGCGCACACAUCCAGGCAGAAAGACAGGCCCGGGGUGAGGCAGAGAAGCAGUUGAGACACCCUGUGCGUGCAGAUAGCCGAGGACACAAGCGCAAAUUGCGACAGAUCCAAGAAGAGGCCGAAGAGGAUCAGGAUUGGAGAGACGAGAUGUUGGACUGGCACGGUGAGCUGGAGGAUCUGUCGCUCAGAGGGAUGGAGGUCGACACAGACACCGAAAUCGAGGCACGAAUGGAGAUUAUGGAGAUUCCCAACCGGCAAGAAUUCGAGCGAGAUAAUGGGAAAUUGUGGAGGUAG